AGCGCUGCGUGCUCAUCAUCUCAUGGUGCUUGUAAACUUUCCGCUAAUUGUACUUGUUCGAUCUAGAUCUACAGUAUGUUCUUCUGUGAUGUUGACUUCAAGUUGAACUAACGAUAGAACCUAGAAUAGCUGUCAAACUUUAGAGCCAGGCAGGACGCACGAGUGAGAUGAUUAUAUUGUUCACAUCCUGCCCUGAUCUUCAAAUUGGCCACAUUGGAUGAAUGUGCUGGUAGGACAGCAUGCAUGGAGACCAGUCAGCAUUCCUCUACACAUGAAGGAUCUGACUGGAAGGAUAAGGAGUGUCAGAAGUAAGAGCAUCAUGGCAAGUCUGAGGUGGGCAUUUAAGUGCAGUUCUUGGCAGCCUGAUCAGUCCCAGUGGUUGCUUGCCUCAUCUAGCAUCCAACCUGAGGAAAAACACAGAAUUGGUCAGUUUGUCUUCACAAAAGAUGCCAAAUCUUCCAUGGCAGGGAGACUGCUGGCCCGGAAAGCAAUUCAUGAAUGUUUGAAGAUAUCCUGGGCUGAUAUCGACCUCGUCAGAACAGACAGAGGAAAGCCGUACCUUAAGAACAUGGAUGACAUUGACAAGACAAUCUACCCGAACUUUAACUUCAAUACCUCUCAUCAUGGUGACUUUGCCGUCUUGGCAACAGAGCCUGCCCUCACGUGUGGAGUGGAUGUCAUGAAGGUUGUCCGGCCCAAUCAGAAAAUUGAGGACUUCUUUCGUACCAUGAAGAAGCAGUUCACCCCUCAUGAAUGGGAGACCAUCAUGUCUGCCGAGACGCAGUAUCAACAACUUCAUAGGUUCUACAGAUAUUGGUGUCUAAAAGAAAGUUACAUUAAAGCUCUCGGCAUCGGCCUCGGCUUUGACCUCCAGCGAGCAGAGUUCAGACUGCACACCCUGGAGCUAUCUACCUCAUCCGUUGCCAUGGAUACAGAGCUCUACCUCCGUGACAGGCUGGACAAGAACUGGGUCUUCCAGGAGAUGCUUCUGGAUGAGGAUCACUAUGUGGCUGUAGCAGUACAGCUUGGACCUGAUAGGAGAAUGCCUUGCUGCCCGUCGUUCACCACCCUCUCGCCAGAGCAGCUACUCUCCACUGCACAACCCAUGCACCCAGAAGAUAUGGAUUACUGGACAUCGUUUGCUUCUAAGCAAGAAGCUCCCAACCUACCUCGAAGAAAACCAUUAGACAAGGAAUAGCUUAACGUUAUUCAUCCUUGUAAAGUACCUUCAAAACAUCUUUAAUAUGCUCCUAGCGACUUUGCUGUGGCUUUUAGCUGAGUAUGCAGCCCAUCUAUGUGCUGUUAUCACGCUGAACGUAAAUGAUGCUUCUGAUGCACCAAGAAUAUAAAUAUUGGGUUCAAAGCCUAUAUCCUAUCGUCUUUUUAAGGCCAUUGUUGCUUUUUAUCACAUGAUUUGGUGCUGAAAUUUUAUACAAAUGCCUCCAGUCAGAUAUUUGACAAAGACAAGACAAGGUGGUAUAAGCGUUGGCUUCUCCGCUACCACCAUUUGGAGUCUCGCUUAUGUUUAGCAUAACAAAAAGACAGUACUUGCAGCCCUUGCCUUGAUAUUCUUGCAGGAAUCCUAUCCAACAUAUUUUUCAAUUUUACAGUCAUUUGGCUGAAAAAAAACAUUUAUGGGAUUGGAAAGCCAGUGUGAAAUCUAGCAUGGAUCAAAGCCAAAAUGGACAUACAUGUAAACUUAUUUUGGGGUACUUAAAAGCAGAACAGUUUCUUUUCUCUGUAUUAGCUACAGGUGUAACCUGACUGAUAUCCUUUUUGCACCAAGCUUACGUCUAGCUCACACCUUUGUGUUGUAAGCUGCGUGUAUAUUGCCAUGUUAGCUGAAAGCAUCAAAUACCUAUGCAGCAUACUGCGCAGGAAAAUAUUUGGUUGCAAUUACACUCAUGCGUACAAGCUUGUAUAGAGUUGCACUAACUAAAGCAAGGUAAGUCAAAAGUUAAUUUAGCAGUGACCCUGUAUUGUCCUGCAAAAGCCACUUGCCGUUACUCGAUGUUGCUUGUUCUUGCUCGCAAUUGCUUGCCGCCACGUGUCUUUGCUCAUACAGAUUUUUGGAUGCGUACAAAUGCGCAUGUUUGAAAAAUUAAACCUCUAAGAUAGAAUGCAAGUCCUCUGCGUUAGUCUGCAUGUUGACCUUGUAUUAGCUUGUUUUGUUGGUUGUGUUGCCUUUGACUAAGAUCUGUAUCUCUCUGUAUUCAAGCAAUACAAAGCUUAAUUGCAAGCCCCAAAACGCAGAGGUAUGAGCUAGGUCUUAGCUAUCAAUACGUGCAGUGAAGCUCCCUUGUUAAAGAUUUCUGGUAUUUUCUUUUAGAAAAGAGUUUCAUUUUUUCCUAUUGUUCCUUUUUUAAGGGAUGGUCCGGGCUGAAAAUAUUUAUAUCUAAAUA